GCAAUAUCCGCUGCUAGCCUGUGUAUGUGGCGAUGGCCCUGACACUCACGCCAAGCCCACCUCCUCCCAUUCCAUCUGCGUCCACAACCAGCAACAACAACAACAAAAAUGGCUACUCAGUUAACCAUCAAAGUCACAGCCGUCUUCUCACGCUGUUGAAUGAAUGUACGGACAUGUCUCGGCUCAAACAAAUCCACGCUCACACGCUCCGUACCACCUCUACCCACAAUCGACGCUUUGUCUUUCUCUGCAGCCGAAUCCUACACUUCUCGUCUCUAGUUGACAUCGAAUACUCUUUCCGGGUUUUCGAGCAAAUCGAAAACCCCAAUUCUUUCAUGUGGAAUGCUCUCAUAAGGGCAUGUGCUCGAAGCUUUGAGCGCAAAGAGGAGGCCAUGCUGCUGUAUUGUAGAAUGUUAGAAGAAGGCAUUGUCAUGCCCGAUAAACAUACGUUUCCGUUUGUUUUAAAAGCUUGCGCGUACUUGUUUGCGCUGCUGGAAGGGAAGCAGGUGCAUGCCCAGGCCUUGAAACUAGGGUAUGAUUCGGAUGUGUACAUUAGUAACAGUUUGAUCCAUUUGUACGGUACUUGUGGGUCCCUGGAUUUAGCACAUAAAGUGUUUGAAAUUAUGCCAGAAAAGAGCUUGGUUUCAUGGAAUGUUAUAAUCGAUGCCUGUGUUAGUCUAGGUGAGUUUCAUACAUCAUUGACACUAUUUGGUGAGAUGCAGAAAAUGUUUGAGCCUGAUGCUUACACGAUGCAGAGUGUUAUCAGUGCUUGUGCUGGUUUGCGUGCUCUGUCUUUGGGGAUGUGGGCCCAUGCUUGUGUGUUGAGAAAGUGUGGUGAUGAAAUGGUUGCUAAUGUUUUGGUCAACAAUUGCUUGGUGGAUAUGUACUGCAAAUGUGGUUCCUGGGAAAUUGCUCUGCAAAUCUUUGAGAGGAUGGAUAAACGGGAUGUAAAUUCAUGGAAUUCAAUGAUUUUAGGGUUAGCCAUGCAUGGAAAGGCUGAUGCAGCAUUGGAUUAUUUUGUCCGUAUGGUCAGGACAGAGAGGGUUGUGCCUGAUUCUAUCACAUUUGUUGGUGUGUUGAGCGCAUGCAACCAUAGAGGUCUUGUAAAUGAGGGCCGUCACUAUUUUGAAGUGAUGGUUACUGAGUACAAGAUUGAACCCCAAUUAGAGCACUAUGGAUGCCUUGUAGAUCUCCUUGCCCGUGCUGGGCUCAUUGAUGAAGCUUUGAACUUGGUGUCCAGUAUGCCCACUAAACCUGAUGUAGUAAUUUGGAGGAGCCUUCUUGAUGCUUGUUGUAAGAAGAAUGCUGGAGUAGAGCUUAGUGAAGAAUUGGCCUCACAAAUCCUCGAGUCAGAUGGAGGUGAUUGCAGUGGUGUCUAUGUGCUUUUGUCCAGAGUAUAUGCAUCUGCCAGCCGGUGGGAUGACGUUGGAUUGGUUAGAAAACUGAUGACUGAUAAGGGUGUAACAAAAGAGCCUGGCUGUAGUUCAAUAGAGAUAGACGGUACUUCUCACGAAUUUUUCGCUGGGGACACAUCUCAUCCUCAAACCAAAGAAAUUUACCAGGUUUUGGAUGUGAUUGAAGAAAGACUAGAAUCUGUGGGGCAUGUAACUGACUUUUCACAAGCACCAAUGGUUGAUGAGUUCAAUGAUGAAAAACAAGAAGCUCUUAGGCUUCACAGUGAGAGACUUGCCAUUGCUUAUGGGCUCUUAAGCUUGAAACCAGGUACCCCGAUUCGUAUAUUUAAGAAUCUUCGGGUAUGCGAUGACUGCCACAAGGUUACCAAAUUAAUAUCUAGAAUCUAUAAUGUGGAGAUUAUUGUGAGAGAUCGUGCUCGGUUCCAUCAUUUUAAAGAUGGCACCUGUUCUUGCAUGGACUAUUGGUGAUGAUUUUCAAUUGUAUGAAGAGUUAUAUAACUCAUACAUUCAGAUGUAUAAAGGUUAAAGAAUUUGGAGCUCUGAGUUUGUAAUGAGAAUUAGAGUUCAUUAGAUACAAAUUUCCUUCUGCA